CUUUUGCAUUAGCCACAAACCCUCACCAAAAAAAAAGGAGAGUGUUCUUAUCUUAAACCCUCUUUUCCACUACUACCUAACCCCCCCUUUGUGCUUAUGAUUGGUUUUUCUUUUACUGAGGUGAGAAAACAGGUGAAAACCCCAGAAGGAACUGUUGAUUAGUUUGGUCUUUAGAAGCAACCUCCUAGAGAAUAAUUUGCUCUGUGUAGAAAGAAAAGGGCUUUUUUUUCAACAGGGAUUGGUAAUGGUGGGGUCUGUCUUUGUGAGUGAAUCAUCUUUUUUAGGUUAGAGGAAGAAAAAGUCAUUUACUUGGAGGGAGAUGAAGAAAACCAGAGAGGUCUACAAACCAAAAGCAUGUUACCAAGAUUUUAUCCUUUUAAGACAAAACCGAGUUGUGUGAACAGAAGUAACUUAUAUAUGUGUGUCUUCCUCUUGUCUCCUCCGUAGAUUGAAGUGUAAGAAAGGAUGGGCUUGCUCUGUCAUCCAUGGUGGAGGAUUUGCUAACUGAUCCUUUUCCGAAAGUGACUGUCUUGCUUUCCACUUCUGAUCAACUCCGGUCGGGUCCAGAUUCCUACCCUUCACCGUCUUUUCCCUGUUCUAUAUAUCUUGUCGGCUGCCGCGGCUAAUGGAUAACGAGUCCACCGCCAUGGCUCUGUCUGAACUUGUCGACAAAGAGCUCAAAGCCGUAGAUAGAAGGAAGCUUUCGAGAAGCGGAGACACCAGUCUUGCUUCUGUCGCAUCGUUAUCCAUGCCCAUUGUUCAGGAGAUUGUUCUGUCAGCUGACAUCAGAUGCUCCGACUGCCAAGAAAGAGUAGCCGACAUAAUGUCAAGAAUGAUCGAGACGUAUUCAGUGUUGGUGAGUGUGUUGGAGAAGAAGGUGACACUGACAUGCAGAUAUUCCGGUGACCGGAAGGUCUCCAAGUUACACAACGGCCGUCUCCGCAAAAUCUCCACCAUUAAGCGGAUGAUAUUCCGCUCUUCCAGGGUGGAACAGCUCAAUUCUUCAUAGCUCAAUUCCCGAUUUCUCUCUGUUUCAGUUUUGUUCUGUAAAUACGAAGCCCUCCUCUUGGUAAUAAAAUCUGCUAAAAGAUGAUCAAAUUCGUGUUUU